AUGAAGUUACUUCCCGCUGUAAUUGGAGCAUACAGGUACUUUAGCUCCAGAACUACUAUCAAAAGUGAAAAAUGGACUUACAGCAAGAAGAAGAAGACAAUGAAGGGCACCCAAAACAUUAAGAGGAGCAGAAUUAGGUGGACCAACGAACAGUUGCAAGUUCUGGAUGCUAUUUCUCAGGGAAAGUCUGUUUUUAUUACUGGAUCUGCGGGUACUGGAAAGACCUUCUUACUUCAUCAUAUCAUCAAAAGGCUACAUGAACUUCACGAAAAGUCUAAAGUUUUCGUGACUGCAUCGACUGGAUUGGCUGCUUGUGCUCUUGCGGGUCAGACCCUUCACUCCUUUGCUGGCAUUGGACUUGCUGAGGCAGAUCGUGAAACCUUACUUCAAAGGGUUGUUUUGGAUAGGAAGGCUUUCAGGAGGUGGAAUAUAGCCCAAGCAUUGGUUAUGGAUGAAAUUAGCAUGGUUAGUGCCGAGUUAUUUGAUACUCUGGAGUACAUUGCACGAAAAGUGCGCAAGGAAGAUGGCAAUUCGGAGAACAAAGUGUGGGGCGGACUACAGCUGGUUGUGAGCGGGGAUUUCUUUCAGCUACCUCCCAUUGUCAUUAAGAAGAAUUCCAAAGGAAAACAAUUUGCGUUCGAAGCAGAUUGUUGGAAUUCAAGCUUUGAUAUGCAGGUGGAGCUGACUAAAAUCUUUAGGCAAUCAGAGGCUGAGCUAGUCAGGUCACUUCAGAACAUAAGAAAAGGGGAGUGUUAUCCUGCCGACUUGCAACUCUUAAAGAAGUGUUGUUCAGAAACAGAGCCAAGUCCAUCAGCAGUACAACUCUUUCCAAUGAACAAAGAUGUGAAUAGAGUGAAUCAGAAGAAAAUGGAGAAGUUAGAGGGCCCCCUUUUUUCUUACCAUGCUCUUGAUCUUGGUGAGGAUCCUUGGAAGAAGCAGGUUAGGCAAGGGAUUGCACCUGAUGAACUUAUACUAUGUAAAGGUGCCAGGGUGAUGCUGAUCAAGAAUUUAAAUCCUUGGCGUAAAUUGGUGAACGGGGCUGUGGGUACAGUUAUGGGGUUUAGGCGUACAGGUAGAGUGGGAAUUUCUGAAAUAUGUGAGCAACAACUGGUGCCAUUAGUAAAAUUUGAUUCCGGACUAAGGGUGAUUAUUUAUCCAGAAACUUGGGUUGUGAAGGUAGGAGACACGAUUGUUGCCACACGCAAGCAGAUUCCUCUCACAUUGGCAUGGGCUCUGAGCAUCCAUAAGUGCCAAGGCCUGACCCUUGAUAGCCUCCACACCGACCUCUCCAGUACUUUUACCUUUGGAAUGGUCUAUGUUGCACUUUCUCGAGUCCGAAGCUUGGAUGGCCUUCAUUUAUCCGGUUUUGAUCCCUCCAUGAUUAAGGCACACCCAAAAGUUCUCCAGUUUUAUAAGAGAUUUUCCUGCGGGCAUGAUGAGGAAAGGGAGGAUCACAAUUCUUGCAAGAACAAAACUAGCAGCACCAAUGUAAUCCAUGUUUCAAACAGGACAAGUUAUGAAAAAAGGAGCAGAACUCCCAUCUUCUUUCCUUACAUUAAGCCAAACUUAUCUUUAGUAAGUUGGGUUAACAGAUUUACCAAGAAAGUACAACGGUAA